CAGGUGUGUCCCUAACAGCAAGAAUACCUGGUUUCAUUUUUAGAAAGUGUGUCUGCGUAUACAGGUGGAAAAGUCACUCAGAUUCACCUGUACAAAGAUCCGUGGAAAAGGAAAACCAGGGAUCGAGGAAAGGCUGUUUUUUGGAAGGAGAAACACGGAGAGGAGAAUACUUCAGAAUGUGAAAUAACCUGGAAGAUAUUCUUCGACUGCGGCUCGACCAAUGGGUCUGGGAUUCUAAUGUGGCAUUUCAGGCUCUGGGAAGUUCAAGAUGUUGCUGUGUUCCUCAGCAUCACAUUAUAUAUGUGUCACCUAGCUGGAGCCAUCUCCAUUCAUUCUCCCCAGAGGAGCCUGACCAGGUCAGUGCAGGAGGAUGUGUUUUUCUCGCUGGAUGUUUCCUGCAUCGGGAUCCCCACCAUACAAUGGACCUUUAUGUCAGGGGCGGUGAGCCGCACCAUAGGGAUUUGGCAGCCGGGGGUCUACACCAACAUAACAGUGGACUACAGCAGCAGAGUGCAGACCUUCAACAAUGGCUCCAUGGGUCUGUCAGACCUGCGGCUGCAGGACGCAGGGUACUACGUGGUCACUGUCACAGAAGCAGCAGGAAGCAGCAAGGAUGCUGGCUUUGUUCUGAAAGUGAACGAGGUGCUGUACGAGGACCUGCAGUACCUGUCCGUCUCGGCCUUAGCCCUGGCCUGUUUGACUGGCCUUCUCAUGCUGGCUACCUGGCUGCUGGACAAGGCCUACAGGAAGAUAGUAGCAUGGAGACGCAGGAAACAGAUGCCAGCAAAUGAUGCCACGGAGCUGCAGCCUCUUUGAUGGACGUGUGGCUGCGCUGUGCAGGGAGGAGACUACCUACUGUUCACUGAACUCAAGGAGCCUUUUCAACAGUUAGAUGUAAAUAUAAUGUAUCUUAUCAUUUUCAGUUGAACACGUUACUUACACAGAGGAAGCGGUUUAAUUAUGAAAACUGUGUACCAUGUUUACAUUUGUAUUAAACACACAUGCUUUACAGCUCACUGAAUUGAAUGUAAAUAUAUCCCUCAUGAUAUUGGAAAACAAUACAUACUGUAUUUAUUUUCUAAACAAGUGAA